AUGGGGUGGCGCUACUUGUUAUUCACUCUCGGUGCGGUCACAUUGGUUGCAUUCCUCCUGCGAUCCGUUAUUUUUCGGUUUCAAGAGUCUCCAAAGUUUUUAGUGUAUCGCGGUGAAGAUACCAAAGCCGUGCAGGUGUUACACAAUAUAGCCCACUACAACGGCCGAACUUGUGGUAUAUCACUGGACAAAUUUGAGUCUUUAGACCGCGAUUCUGAUCUCGCCCAGAGUCGCAAACCUGUGCUUGGAAGCGGUGCUUUACAGCUCGAAUCGACAUGGGUCGACAAAGUCAAAUUCGAACAGCAUAGAUUCCGGCUCCUAUUCUCGGAUUUCCAAAUGACAAGGCUUACGAUUUUGGUAUGGCUGACCUAUAUCUGCGACUACUGGGGGUUUACUGUCGCUGCUCUCAAGAAUGGUGCGCUCAACCUCUCUCUGGACUACACCUACCGAUCUUACAUAUACAUUUACAUGCCGGGGGUCUUUGGUGUGCUUCUGGGAACGCUCGCAUACCGAGCACCGCGUAUCGGUCGCAAAUGGACGAUGGUAUCAUCAUCCGCAAUGAUGGCCAUAUCCAUCUUCUUGUUCAGCAGCGUAAACUCAGCAGCGUCUAACAUUGGCUUCAACAUCAUGGAAUACUUCUUCCAAUCCAUGUUCAACGCUGUUCUGUACGGAUGGACACCUUCAGCCUUCCCAGCCCCGAUAAGAGGAACCGCAUGUGGUAUCGCAAGCUUCUGGGGUAGACUGUUCGGAAUCAUUAGCCCGUUGAUUGCACAGCAUCUGUAUGCCGGAGGUAAGUCAGGCGAGAGGGAUAUCAACAGUGUGCUUUAUCUUGCUGGAGGCAUGACUGUGGGUUGCGUUAUUGCGACAGCAUUAUUGCCAACAAAUUUGCUCGGAAGGUAG